UGUAGCAGGAUACAAAAUUGAGGCAGAUGAGCAAAGCAGGAAAAAAAAAUAAUGACGUGGGACCAUAACAGAACAAAAGCAUCCGCUUUCUGUUUGGGCAUGGCCUAGCGUGGGGUACCUAUUCUAUCCUUGUAAUGGAAGGUGCUCACCAUUCGGUACUUCUUACACAGAUGGGUUUUGUUUGAAAUCUCAGCCCAUUGUUAGUUGUUGUAUAACAUUUCAGAAAAAAUGGAAGGAGAGGAAAUGGAAGCGGUAAUGGAAAGGGCGUGGGACUUACACGACAAGAUGAGCGACGCCAUUCAUUCCCUCUGCAAAUCGCUUUUCUUCUCGUCCAUCGGAAACCAGAAACAGAUGAAUCCAUCCUCUCAUUUCUCACAUUCCCAACCUCCCCACAUCUACAAUCUCCUUUCCAUUCCAUCAAACUCUUCUGAUGACGAUCUUUUCACAGAGAUUACCAGUUUGAACGCUAUACGAAAUGCUCUCGAGACGCUCGAAAACCAACUGUACUUGUUACAGGUACAGCAACGUGCAGAAAAGGAUGCUGCUUUAAUGCAGCUGGAAGAAAGUCGGCGAAUUCUCCUGAAAAGGCUUAAAGAACAUCGGGGCAGAGAUAUGAGUAUUAUAAAAGAGGCCUUGGCUUUUGCUUCUGAUGGAGAUGAAGCAGGAGAUUCACAUUUAAAUCCUAAUGUGUUCCAAGAUUGUUCCAUGGCAGAAGCAAAUAAAGCACUCUCCACUAAUAAAAAUGAUGAAAGACAUAACAAUACUGCAGAUCUUCAGAAAAAAUGUCAGGGUGGACUGGCAUAUCUUCUUGAUUUUGGGUAUCAAUUUGUAAAGAAUUCAGACAAUUUGCACGCAGUGGCUGGUGUUGUCACAAAGGUUGCACUGGUAGCUGUCAGUAUGUUUGCAAUAUUUCGAUUACAACAAACUCCAGAUGGAACAAGAAAAGAGGAUAGAAGAAGCAAAGCUUCGAGGAUGCAGAAGAACACUAGGCAGUACACAGAACAUCAACGUGCAACAAAUGGUGAAGAUUACUUCGCAAAAAAUUCAGUUCGAGAAAGUACAAAGCUUCCCGGACAUUACCGUUUUACAAGUUUAGAUGUUUUAUUUGGUAGGGGUUGAAAAUCAACCAGAGUUUUGGCCAUUUACGUGGAUUAAUUUGUAGGUUGAAGGGUGUACUUGAUACAUUUCGUAAAAUACUAAUAGUUUCUGAGAGUUGAAUGUGUGUAUGGGCCAUUGUUGUUACCUUCGUAGAAUGGCCUUCAUUUUCAAUUGCAACUGAGGUCCCUUCAGUGGAAAAGGAGGUUUCCUUUUUGGUCAGUUUUUGUCUUAACAGUUCUUAAGCUUCCUUCGGUCCUUGCAAUCAGAGCAAGGCAUCUGGAAAAGCCUGUUUAUUGAACCGUGUUGCAGACUGCCAGAACAGAUUUUUAAGUAUGUAAUAUACGGAGUCAUUAAGAAACAGAUAAGAAUAGAAAGAAAGCAUAAAUUGGGUCUUAAGAAUGCUCGGAAGUCUGGUGGAAGCAUUAUAACUGAUUGGGAGCAUCUAUUCUGAUUAACGUGUCCCGGAUAUUCACAAAUAUUCAGGAGUUACUUCAGUUAAUGGCUUCCUUAAAAAGCAGAAAAACAGUUGAACAAACAAACUAUCUACCACAAGAGGAACUUUUUGAAUGUUUGAAUCUGUUGGUCAAACUGGAAAGCAUCUUCAGGAAUCUGAGAUGAAUGUAUGCAUGGAUGGAAAAUUUAAAAAUCAUAGUAUUUUUCUGUUUUUCCAGCGGUUUUUUUUCAAAAUUGUGCAUUCGGAUCCUGUUCUUAUAUGCUACUCUUAAUGAUUUUUGUAAAUGUAACCGUAAAAAUUGAUGAUAUUAAUGAUGAACUAUCCUUUCAUUUCAA